AUGCGAGGAGUUUCAAAGCAGAAAGUGGUGGAAGAAAUGAAGAAACAGUUAUGGUUAGCUGGACCUCUCUUCACAGUUGGUAUGCUGCAGUACAGUAUGCAGGUGAUAUCUGUUAUGUUUGUUGGUCAUCUUGGAGAAUUGCCUCUUUCUGGUGCUUCACUUGCCACUUCCUUUGCAUCUGUCACUGGUUUCAACUUGUUGAUGGGUAUGGCCAGUGCAUUGGAUACCUUGUGUGGCCAAUCAUUUGGGGCAGGGCAGCACCAUAUGCUAGGCAUACACAUGCAAAGAGCUACCUUUGUUCUCUCAUUUGUAAGUGUCUUUCUGGGAAUCAUGUUGGCAUUCACCAAACAAAUUCUAGUUGCCAUGCACCAGCAAGUUGCCAUAGCUGAGGAGGCAGGGGUAUAUGCCCUUUACAUGAUUCCAAGCCUCUUUGCUUAUGGCAUCUUUCAAUGCCUUCUCAAGUUUCUACAAACUCAAAACAUUGUCUUCCCCAUGGUUCUGAGCUCUGCAGUGGUGGCUUUACUUCACAUCCCUUUAUGUUGGGUGUUGGUAAUUAAAUCAGGACUUGGAAGCAAGGGAGCUGCCAUAGCAAAUACAGUAUCAUACUGGAUCAAUCUACUGCUGGUAGGACUUUAUGUGAAGUUUUCUUCUUCAUGUGCAAAAUCAUGGACUGGCUUCUCAAAGAAGGCCUUGCAAAAUAUCUCAGAAUUCCUUAAAAUUUCAAUUCCUUCAGCUUGUAUGCUUUGCUUAAAGGCUUGGGCAUUUGAACUAAUGGUUCUGUUAUCUGGCCUUCUUCCAAAUCCACAGUUAGAAACUUCAGUGUCAUCCAUAUGUCUUAACACAUUUGCAAUUGCCUGGAUGAUUCCCUUUGGAUUAAGCUCUGCUGCAUGCACAAGGGUCUCAAACGAACUAGGGGCUAGUAAUCCACAAGCUGCAAGUCUUGCAGUUAGAGUUGCUCUCGUCCUGGUCCUUGCUGAGGGUAUUAUUAUGGUAUUACUCAUGAUCCUGCUUAGAAAAAUAUGGGGCAAUCUUUACAGUAGUGAAACACAAGUUAUAAAUUAUGUAGCAGCCAUGAUGCCUAUUCUUGCUAUCUGCAGCUUCCUUGAUGGGAGUCAAAGUGUUCUUUCAGGCGUUGCAAGAGGUUCUGGCUGGCAGAAGAUUGGUGCAAUUGUGAAUCUUGGAUCAUUUUAUUUUGUGGGAGUUCCUUCUGCAGUGGUGUUAGGUUUUGUUCUGCACAUGAAAGGGAAGGGUCUUUGGUUGGGAAUAGUUUCUGCAUUCACAGUGCAAGUGAUGCUUUUUGGUGUCAUUACCAUCAGAACUAGCUGGGAGAAAGAAGCAAAUAAAGCAGCAAUGAGAGUCCAAAAUAGCAGAAUCCCUCCUGAGUUGCCCCAGGGAGAUCCAUUUCCCAUCUCAGAAGUGAAUUAA